AUGCAAGCGAUGGAAAAAAUUCCAUUAAAAAAUGAACCGCCAUCCGAGACCACGCAUUCAACAAAACUGCAUCAGACUCCCGACGUAUGUUUCGUCUGUGGAAACCGAAAUCAACCUUACAUUUAUUAUUUAAACACCAGACCAGUGCAAGACAAGCCGAAAGAACCUUACUUUCCGUUCCUGGAAUCGCACGAACCGCCCGUCGGACAUAUAUCUAAAAACGAAUAUUCAGUUCCUGCUUGUUACCUUUGCUAUAAAUUGCUUCUGGAACAAUGGGAUGCUCACGAAAUGACCUCUAGGCCGCACGCUGAGCGAUUGUAUUGGCUGAAAAGAGUAGACAACGGUCCAUAUACCGGAGCAGAUAUGGGAAUGCAAGGAGAAUACGCCGCCCACGUUCUAGGUUUAAACAAUGAAGGCAUGCCGGCAAUACCUCCGCCGCAAAGAAGCGUUGCUUUAAAGGAAGAGGUUAAACCCAAACUCAGCGUAAAACCCUCACCGAUACCUGUAUCAUCGACACCCCGAAGUGAUAUUGACACAACAUCGGAAAGCGCUCUAGACCUCACCCAUCCAAAUCCAAUGCCUUCAUCUGUCAUCCAAUCUGUACCUGUCUACGCUCACAGCCAAAAUUCCAACUCUUCAACAGGCACGGAUAUUCUGGAUCUGAGUAUGCCCGACAAGAACUCAAUGACCGAAGUGUGUUACGUAUGCGGAGACGAAUUCAAAAAGGGUAGUCUCGAUUUCGUGGCUUCCAAGAAAGAUUUCGAUUCACCUUUGAAGCCGUUUUUUCCUAGUUUAAUUGAACAUCCACGGCCUAGCAGAAGUCGACCGAUUGAUUCGGCGGGAAGGGUUCAGGCUUGCUACGACUGUCAACAACAUUUGCUUAAACAGUGGCAUGCUUUUCAGUCGCAAGGUCUGCCCCACAUAGAAAGAAACUACACGUUAAGAAAAAGGCAGAGUUCUACGUUAGACACCACUACUUUCAUCUGUUAUACAUGUUCGCUUGAAUAUCCUUCCAGUAGUAUCCGUCUUCUAUAUUGUUGUCAAAAUUCGGAAAAGGAGCCAUAUUUUCCUUUCAUUCAGACUUUGAAGGCACCUCCGGGAGCAAGUCCAAUUAGUCCUCAAGGGAUGGUGCAAGUGUGUUCAAUUUGCUACAAGUCAAUUCCACAUAAACAUCAAGUAUUCGGUGGUGAUCCGGCGGCCAUAACAGGAAACCACAUGUCCGUCAAUGACAUCUUAUUACACAAUAGUAAUUCUUCUAGGCCCAGUACUGUAAAAUCUCCAGCUAACAGCGCAGGAUCUGAUAUUAGGUAUAAACCGUACGAUAUCAAUUCUUCACCUUCCAUGGCCAACAAGAAAAAACAGGCUAUAUUUGACAACAGGCAAAGUUUAAAACCGAUAAUCUCAACACGCACUACAUCUCCUUCCCCAGAUCUAAACGGUCAACCCGGCAAUCAAAAUUAUCGUUGCUACAUUUGCAUGGGCUUGUAUACUAGAAAUCAAAUGGAAUGGGUCAGUACUUCUGCAGAGGGUAUGAACUCACAUGCAAUGCAUUUUCCUUGUUUAAAUAAAGUAUCAAGAUCAUCGGAGAAUAGUUGUAUGGAUUCUCACGGAAGAGUUUUGAGCUGUACUAAAUGCGUUAAGCAUUUGGCUCAACAGUGGGAGACUUUCGAAAUUGACAGAGUUCCGCUUGAAAGACGAAGGUAUGACAUUCCUAUGCCCGAAACGGCGACGAACGGUGACCAAGGCAUCCCGACACCGCCUAGCACGAACAGCGAUAGAACUGUUUGUAGUAAUAGCAAUCCCGCUUCAGGAAGUAGCAUAUAUUGCUUUGUGUGUGGUUUACAUUCAGAAUUAACUCUCGCCAGAGUUUUAUACAGUAAACCUCAGGGUCGAAAUGCUCCUUAUUUUCCAUCUUUAUUAAUUCAUAAAAGUCAUUCAAAUGCAGAACAGUUAAGGGAAGACGGAUCUGCUUUAGUUUGUACCUUUUGUUACCACAGUCUCGUCAGUCAAUGGAGAAAGUAUGAAGGUCAAGGUGCGGGUGCACCAGCCGAAAAAAGAGAAUAUAAUACUCAUGAUUAUUGCUGCUACGUGUGCGGCAUCACGACUUAUAGGAAGAGAGUGCGGGCUUUACUUAUUAAGGAUUUUCCGUUUUUGAAAUUCCAUCCGCAGCCCGAACACUCCCUACUGUUAGAAAACAGCGACUACGCCGUCGUAUGCCUCGAUUGCUACGAAACGCUUAGAACUCAAAGUUUAGAAUAUGAAAGGUGGGGACUGCCGCUUGACAAACGACAGUACAACUGGAUAACUCAGCCGCCCCCUCCUGAAGAUAGUCCUGAAGCAAUGGUUGCAAGGUUACCGAGCGGCCAACGCAGUGACAAAGUAGUACCUCCAACGUUUGUAGCCAAACCAAAUAAAAGAAACCAUUCACCAAAAACUAUAGAAAAGAAAAUUGCAAAAUCCGAUAUGCGACCGGGGGUAGCGAGCAGUCCAAAACUUUCAUCUACGAAUAGUACUACGAAACCUCGAACGACUAGCGGACACGCGGUCUCCGGUCCCGGACCGGGUACUAACCCAAAUCAGUAUUCACAUUCGUUCGCCGCGGCAUUACGUAAUUUAGCUCAACAGACUGUUCCGAACACUAGUACCGCCUCUUCCGUUGAGCAGUCCGUCUCGUCCAUAAAUCAGACCAAUUCCUCCGAAACGCUAAGGAGAAAUCCAGGAGGUGUUCAAUUACCGGACAAAACAAAAGGAUUAGUAGAAGUGCCCCCUUUUGCCUCUCCCAGUAGCUCAAACUUGCGGUCUUUUGAACCUCGUUUACCCACUAACCACGUUGACCGUUAUCCUGCAAGUUCGUUACCGGACCUUAACAGAAGUGGUUUUCAACCUUAUCGACCAGAAGAAAGAAUACCUCAUCCACAAGUAGGUAUAGAUAUGCAAGGCUACUCGCCUUAUAGCUUUCCAACCUUACCGACCUCAUUAAUAGAAGAACAAAUGUACUAUGAAAGACUGGGCGUUUUACGAUCACCAUGGCCUCCAAUAGGUCAUCCAUAUAUGCCUUAUAUGAUUCCAGGGGCCGGAAUGCCAUUAUAUGUGCAUGAAAGGUUAAAAAUGGAAGAAGAGCACCGGCGACUUUCUGCCUCCAGAAAAGACGAGUACGUCGAGCGAGAACUCAUUGAAAGGGACCUUCAGAUGCAAAGAGAAAGGGAACAACGAGAAAAAGAGCGGGCUCAACGAGAACGAGAGAAAGCACAAUCUCGUAUACCUCCCCAUCUUUCUGCCCCUCAUAUCUCGCCGCAAGGACUGAUGCUUCCACUACUUCAUCCGAGUUCGAUGUUGCCACCUGCGCAACUAGGCCUAUCCCCAUCCACGAGGCAAUCCCCGUUAGUAGGUUCCGCUUUUGUGGCCCCUCCGAAUCCGACCCAGGGAUAUACAAUACCCCGAUCGAGCCCCUCACUACAAAGACACUCUCCUAUGAAUUCAAAUUAUACGCUUAACCUUAGUCAACGUCAAAGCCCUGUGAUACAACCUUCAGGACCGAUGAUCAGUAGUAUGAAUCUUGCGCCUGUUGCUAGAAGCAACACUCCAACAAAGGUAUCCCCAAAACCAAGUACGCCUACACCAAAAUCCAAGAGUCCGUCGGUUAACGAAGCAAUUAUUCAUUUAAACGAAUCUGCCUCAGUGGCCAACACUCCUAUCAAUAGUAAUAAUAAAAUGGAUGAUAGUUCUGAUGUGAAAGCGACAGAACCGCCUCGGGAUGUAGGAGGUACUGCCUGA